GUGCAAUACGAUGUGAUAAUGUCAAAGGAUGCAUUUGCCAGAGUGGAUGGAGGGGUACGAACUGUGAACAGGAUGUAGAUGAGUGUGCUGUUGUAGGAACCUGUCGGCCUGAUCAAAUUUGUGUCAACACCAAUGGAGCUUUCAUAUGCCGUUGUCCUGAUGGCUACACGGAGUCCAAUCAAACGUGUUCUAGUAAGUUUCAAUUUUGUUUAGUUUACUAAAUUUUAAUUUAUUGAUUUCAGAAAAGUCAUGUUUUUUUUGUUUUUGUUUUUUUUGGUUUCACAUUUUAAAAAUAAAGUUAUUCUUAAUAAUCAAGCAUGAUGGGGAAUAUUAUUUAAUUGAAAGUAAAAUAUAAUAGAAUUGAACAUAUAUUGCCGUUUAGACAAAUCAAAUUUAAAAAUUUGAAAUUUGCCUUUAGUUUGUACAGAAAUUCCAGGAAAAAAUAAAAGAAAACAUUAUAAUAUUUGGUAAAAUUAACAAAACUACAACUUGUCAACUCUUUGAAAGAAGAAUGUAAAAUUUGGCUUUGAUAAAUUAAAAUUUUAACAACUCUUUAGAAAUAAAAAAAAUUCUGCCUGUCAUUAGAUGUCAAUGAAUGCUUCAAUCCUUCUUUAAACAACUGCACACAACGGGAAAGCUGUAUAGAUGUACCAGGGACCUAUCUUUGUGUUUGUCGAGGAGGAUAUUUCAGGGCUAACAAUCUUUGUCAAGGUAAACCCUGCCCAGGAGUAAGGUCUUUUGAAUAAUGAGUUUACAAUAUUUCAUUAAGUUCAUAAAUGCCCUUUUUUUUUUAGGAAGUGUGGGGAAGGGGGGGGGGGGGGGUUAAUUNNGGGGGGGGGGGGGGGGGGGGGGGGAGGGUUAAUUUCAAAUUAACUAAAAUUAAAUCAGUAUGGGCUGUUAUAUCUCUUAGUUUUCUGCACUUGAGAUAUUGUUUUUUAUGUUCUUAUGUCAAAAGAUAAUGUAGAGAUUAUAUAUCUUCUGCUCUUGAUAUAUUUUCAUGUGGUUAUGUCAAAAGAUAAUAAUGUACGAAUUAUUAUAUCGUUGGAUUUUUUCUUGUAAAUGGAAAAACUGGGUCAAAAUUUUAGAGAGAGAACCUGUGUGUCAUCAAGUUUAUGUUUCAUAAUCAAUUAUUACUUGAUCACAUUCUUAAUUUUGUCAUAGUGAUGGAUGUACCUGAAUAUUUUUUUGAUAUCAAAUAGUUUGUUAUUUUAAAAAAUAAAUUCUUUUAAAUUUUGUGUCCUUUCUUUAGGCAAGCUUAACCUGAGUUUAUUGAAUUUUUGGUUUAGAGGGAUUUAAACAUUUUUUUUUCAUAAAAUAAUUGAAAUCAUUCUCAGAUAUUGAUGAGUGCAGCUCUGGUAUAUCUGGGUGUUCACAUCUU